CCUGCAUGGCCUCGGAAGCGUCGCCCAGCUCGAGUGGGUCCUCCAUCUCAUACACGGACAGGUCGAGCAGCAGGCCGCUCUCAUCCGUCCACUCCUGAGACAGCAACGGCUCGUACACACGAGAACCCCUGAUAUCCACACACACACACACACACAGAGAGAGAGAGAGAGAGAGAGACGGUGGAUCUGGGCGGGUGUGUGUGUUGUGUCUCUUUAUCCCCCCUCAGUCAGUGUGUGGUGCGUGUGUUAAUUCCUGAGUUCGAGAAUGAUGGGUAUCCAUGUCUUGACGUGCUCGACGUAGGCUAUCUCGUUGGCGUCGUCGAUCACCGCCUGCACACACACGACGGCGUCGAUGGAUGUGUGUGGUCAAUCCACUCUCUCUUCCCCGCCUGUUUGUCUGUGUACCUCAGCCACGAACCCUCUGACUUCUGCAUCGGAGAGCUGGCACUGCGUCACCACCUCCUGGAACCUGCAAAGAGAGGCCGUACACACAUACAUGCAACCAACCGUACACACACAACAAUGUCUGUGUUCUUCUGUGUGUCUGUCGUGGCUGCCAUGCCUUGCAUUUGCGUCCUCUCCCUUGCGCAGCGCCAGCAGCAGCUGACCCACAUCAAUCGUGCCUGCACCACGCAGAGGGAGACUGUACAUUCCUGUGGUAUGAUGUCUCGUGUGCCGACACUCGCACCUCUGUGUUUCUCGUCUAGCACGUUGAACAAGUGGAUGAGGUUCUUUUCGACCGUCUCCCUGUCAGGAGCAGCCCCCUACACCCACACACACAUACACCAGACCCGUGGAUGUCCCCCCUACUUUGACAAUCCUCUCGCACAGACACACUGACCCGUUCCUCGUCGCUCUCUUCGUCUUCCUCCACGUGUCGUGACUUCAGCCGCACGCCCCCCGUCAGCCCCUGCAGCUCCUCCAACUCAGCACGCUCCUGCUCGUCAGCCUUCUCCCUGGCUAUCUGGUCAGCCAACUCGCGGAAUCGCUGUGUGUCGAACAGCUGGCUGAUGGCCGUGCACGCCACGCGGAGGAAGGAGCGGCAGUCGACUUGGCCAUAGGGGUCGGGCAUCAGAAUCGACAACAGCACCUGUGCAUGUGUGGGUGGGUGCAGGGUGAGGAGCACCACGCGUCUUUGUGUGUGGACUUAUGGGAGAUUGUGUGUGUGUGCCUACGUGUAUUUGGAUUCUGGAGAGGCAGAGCUGUGAUGCGUUGAAGAGGAUGUCGCGAAUGGUCCAGAUCGGCAGUUUGAAGUCAUAGGUCACCUGAGACUGCAGGGGACGACCAGACAGGUAGAGAGACGUGCACAUGAGACACGCGAACACACAGGCAGUUUGUACGCACCUUCCUGAUGAGCUGCACGAGGUGGUGCCUGAGGCCCCGCAGGUCCGUCUCAACUAACGCAUUGUGGAACGCAUCACGCCUGACGAGACAAGUGCAUCCAUCCAUCCAUCCACCGACUCCGUGUAUGUUGAUUGAUCUGCAUGGCUACCUGAGUUUCUGCAGCUGUCCGAAAAUGCCACUGUACGGCAUUCGUCCGUCUUCCUCCUCCUCGACCAUCUGCAUCAACAUCGCCACCUCCUGCGGACUGAACCUGCAUAAAAAGGGAGCGGAGCUGGGUCUCUGGUGGGUGCUUUCCGUGAGGUGAAUAUCUACUCACCUGUCGCUUCUCUGUUCGAUGCAUUGCCUGAACUCGUGUCUCGUCAGCAUUCCCGUGCCAGCACUGUCAACAUUGCGAAACGACUCCUCUAUUAACCUAAAGAUGAACAGUCACCCACAGCAUAAACACGCAGCGGAGACAAGGGGUCGCUCUUUCUGCUGUUCUACCUUACCUGGUGGUCUCCUCAAGCUCUUGUCCAAAGCACAGUAUGAUGGCCUCGUCUGUGACCUCGGCCGCAGGCAGUCCGCGAGACUCAUACGCCUCGCGACGUUCCUGCAAAGCUGAGAUGACCAUUGGGGCCGCCUGAUGGGUCGAUGGAUGGAUGGAUGGCAUGUAUAUGGCAAUAUCCAACACGAGCUUGCUUGUCAACUUGCUUACUUCAACGAAAGGGAGGUAGUCGAUGUAUCCGUCGGCGUUUUCCAUGGUAGUUGUCAGCAGCAGACGAAUGUCCCAGUCGGUCAGGCCAAGAGGCGUCGCGUACAAGAGCUCACUCACCUCCUUGUGACUCAACAGACCUGAAGGAAGCACAUGAGUGCAUGAGUGCAUGAGUGCAUGCAGUGCACCCAGUAGAAAACUGCUUGCCUUCGUCUUCUUCAUCGGCUGCAUCGAAUAUAUUGGUGAGCAGCUCCUCCAGCGGCAUCGACGGCUGAGACGUCAGCCGGCUGUCGCGGCGAGAGGCCGCCUCGGCUGCCUCGCCUACAGCCGCAGCGGCAGCAGCCGCCUCCCUCUCUCUUUCCCUCUCCCUCUCCUCUCUGAUCGCCUCCGCCUCAAUGGCGGCCUCUCUGGGCGAUAUCUCCGCCUCUUCUUCUGGUGGCGCCUCGGGCUCUACGUCUGGCGGAGGGACCAAGCGAGACUGCUCGAAGCUGCAAAGAAUGGAAACGAGAACGGUUAAUGCUCUCUCGUCUCCAUCUAUCUAUACGCUGUCGAGAGGUCUCGCAGCUUUCGCACUUUCAGCUUGUCCCGGAUCAGCCUGAAUGGAUGGGGCAGGGCAGUCGAUGCACACAACACACAUCCUGAUUGAGUGUAGGCAGAGCCACCACACCUGUCAAUCCAGACUUCGAAUUUGCCCUUUGCCAGGGUGCCGUGGGGGUCGUGAACGAGUGUCUCGUUCUCGAAGCGAUAUGUGAGGUGCGGCUCCUCGUGGACGCCCGGCAGGGGUGACGAGUCGAAGAUGAGUGUGAAGAAGACACGCACAACGGCCACGGGGACGGGGCAAUGAGGCUCCGGCAGACUGAAUAUCACCUCAUACCUGCACACACACACACACACACACACACAGAGAGAGAGAGAGAGAGAGAGAGGACACGUGUUGAGCCGACGAGUGUCCAUGAAGAUGCAUUACAUGAGUCUGGUGCCGUCGAGGUGCUCGCCGAGGAAAUGAACACGAUGCAUGUACCUGAGGGAAUGAAGUGAAUGGAUGCAAUGAGCGGUUUGUUCAUCCGUCCCCAUUGCGUUGCGCGUGUUCAUGGUGUGCUUACUUAUGUGACCAGUCCUUGACACACUGCCGCACCACAUCCUCUCCUCCCUUGAUCCGCUCCUCCAUCCUUAUCGUCGAAACAAGGAACCUUCAGCUCCAAGUGGGGCCGCGAAGUUCCCGAAGGCUCGUGACCGCGGAGAGCUCUUUCCUUUGCAAAUGGCCUUCAAUUGUUAAGGUGGGUGGUGUGGCGGUUUUUCUCUUGUUUUCG